AUGGAGAACAGCUGCCAGUUAGAGCUGACAAAACACCGGUACCAUAGGGCAGACAUUCCCAUGGAGAAAAGUAGAGAAAAUCGAUCAAGAGUGCAGAGACCCAGAAAAGGAAUCAAAUGCUCCAGAAAAACAGAAAAUGUUAAUUCAGGAAGGCCCACGAAGCCACUGGUCUUCCGACUACAUGAAAGUGUUCCUGCAUUAGUCCGUGAGGUUUUACUGGAACGUGGCUGGAUUGAGUAUGAUGAACAUGAGCAAGAUAAUGAGGACUGGAACUUACACUGGCAGAAUCACCCUUUCCGGAUGAGAGAACACCAGAGCAUUAAACCAUGGCAGAGGCUCAAUCACCAUCCAGAAACCAUCAGGAUCACCAGAAAGGAUUAUUUAGCCAGACAUCUGAAACGGAUGAAAGGAAUUUAUGGAGCCACCCUCUAUGAGUUCAGUCCAGCAGCUUUUAUCAUGCCUAAUGAUUAUAUCAAGUUUAUAACAGAAUACACUAAGGAGAGGCAAAUACCAGGGAAAAAGCUGAGUUACUGGAUCUGCAAACCAGUUGACCGGUCUCGUGGAAGAGGGAUACUCAUCUUUCAAGACAUCAAAGACUUUGUUUAUGACUGUAUGGUCAUUGUGCAGAAGUACAUUAGCAAUCCUUUGCUUAUUUCUGGGUACAAGUGGGAUCUCCGUUUCUAUGUUUGUGUCACAAGUUUUUGUCCCCUCACUAUUUAUACAUACGAAGAAGGGCUGGUGAGAUUUGCCACAGAGAAGUUUGACCUUGAGUGCCUAGACAAUGUUUAUGCCCACCUGACAAACACUAGCAUCAACAAAUUUGGACCCUCAUACCAAAAGGAGAAAGAUGUCAUUGGUUCUGGUUGCAAGUGGACUUUCAGCCGGUUCCGGGCCUACCUGCGUAGCCGCAGCAUGGAUGACUUGAGCCUGUGGAAGAGGAUCAACCGCAUCAUUACCCUGACUUUGCUUGCCAUCACCCCCUCAGUCCCAUUUACCUCAAAUUGUUUUGAGCUCUUUGGGUUUGAUAUCCUAGUGGAUGAGAAGUUGAAGCCCUGGCUUCUAGAAGUGAACCACAACCCAGGCUUGCGUUUGGACUGUGCCACCGAUGCAACUGUGAAGAGGAAGUUGCUCCAUGACAUAGUCGACUUGCUAAACUACAAGGAGUCUGAUGCCAUGAGGAAAAACAAAGGGGCAAAUCAGAAAGCUUCAUGCUUUGGCCAAACACAGUGUUUGUGGACUAACCAGGCUGAUGUCCCUCUAGAUUUCUUGAGUUAUGCGAAAGAAACCAAGUCAGCAACUACUUCUCCUUCUUCGUCUUUCCUGAAAAUUAAUAAAAGAAACCCAUCUGCCAGAACAGGCAGUGCCUACCCUAAGAAAACUUUAACUUCACAAAUGCGGGAAAGAAUGAACAUGCCCAAAACCGCUCUGCAACCCAAGUCAUCACCUAAAAGCAUACAAAUAUUACGAGCCAGUUAUUCACUAUGCGAGCCUACUCAUCCUGUCCUUUCAUUUCAUUCAACCGAGUUCUUUACUCAAAAGCCAUUUCUUCCUUCCUAUUUCCUCUCAGAUAAUGACAAAAGGCCAUUCCCUCGAGUAGGCGAUUUUGUCCUUAUCUUUCCCUUCAAUGACGCAGCCCUUGAAGCAUCUAGGAAUGGAAUAAAUGUCAAAAAUGUAAUACAGGAAAUACACAAAUUAAUGAGCAAAGAAGUACAGCCAGAACACCAGAAAUUAAAUAAAAGGUUAAUUUAA